AAUUAGUAAUAUAAAAAACAACAAUGAUAAUAAUGAUAAAUCAAACAAGAUAAACAACUUGCAAAGUAAAGAAUUUAAAAAUAUGUGGACACUGGAAAAAAAAGAAGAUAAAAUAACAUUCAUUGAUUUAAUAAAAGGAAUCAUACCACAAAAUCUUAAAGAUACUAUAACAAACAUUACGGAAAGUGAUAGAAAAACAA